UUCGGAGACACUGACACUGACAGCUACACACACACACACACACGCACGCACGCGCGCGCGCGCUCUCUGGCUUCCUGUAUCACACCUUCACUGUGCAGUUUUUCAUCCCUGCGGCUUUUGAAAGUCAACUUCAGUCUCAGAUUAGAGUUAAAAUGCAGGCUAUAAAGUGUGUGGUUGUUGGAGACGGUGCUGUGGGUAAAACAUGUCUUCUGAUCAGUUACACCACCAACGCCUUCCCUGGAGAGUACAUCCCUACUGUGUUUGAUAAUUACUCAGCCAAUGUGAUGGUGGACAGCAAGCCUGUGAACCUGGGACUCUGGGAUACAGCAGGACAGGAGGAUUACGACAGGCUCCGCCCCCUGUCUUACCCACAAACGGAUGUGUUUCUCAUUUGUUUCUCCCUGGUCAGUCCAGCAUCAUUUGAGAACGUCAGAGCCAAGUGGUACCCGGAGGUGCGGCACCACUGCCCCUCGACACCCAUCAUCCUAGUGGGCACCAAGCUAGAUCUCAGGGACGAGAAGGAGACGAUCGAGAAGCUGAAGGAGAAAAAGCUGGCUCCAAUCACCUACCCACAAGGCCUGGCUCUGGCCAAGGAGAUCGAUGCAGUAAAGUACCUGGAGUGUUCAGCUCUGACCCAGCGUGGACUGAAGACAGUGUUUGAUGAAGCAAUCAGAGCUGUACUCUGCCCUCAGCCCACUAAAGUCAAAAAGAGCUCCUGCUCACUGCUCUGAGGUCUUCAGGAUUUGAUGAAAUGCUUCGAACAUCAACUUUAAACAUUAUGAUAUUGAGGAUCAGUCUGUAAAACUUCAGCUGGAGUUUUAUUAUAAGAAAAAGGCGCAUGUGACGUUUCAUUAAACAACAACUAUAAUAAUAAUAAUAAUAAUAAUAAUAAUAAUAAUAAUACAUAUUUAAACUUUAAUAGUGUUUAUUUCCAGAGCAGUAGUGUGUGUGUGUGUGUGUGUGUGUGUGUGUGUGUGUGUGUGUGUGUGUGUGCUUUUGGACUUGACCUGAUGUUGUGUUGUUGCUGUUCUGUGAUACAGAAUCCUGUUCGGUUGUUCGUAUGAAACGUGGCAUAGUUUAUUAACCAAGAAAAGAGUGUUUCUGUUUUUAAUCUCUGUAGGAAAUAUAAAAUAAUAAAGCUGAAAUAGGAGCCCAUAUGUGCACUCAUGGUUAUUAAAAUGUGUGCGAAAAUAAACGCCCCCUUGUUUUCCAUG